GAUAUAGUCAUUUUUUAUACCGUCCAGCCAGGCCGUGUAGCGUUGUAACUGUAACAGGGAUACAGUUAUACCCACAUCAUGGCGACUGAAAUUACGGAUGUUUUGAUAAAGGGGGAUGCUUCCAGCGGGAAGGCUAAAGAGGUCCAAGGACUGACAAUAAUAACUGCCGCAGUGUUCAUCGUCGGGGAGAUCGCAGGAUCUGGAGUGCUGGCCCUGCCGAGUGCUGUCGAGGGAGCAGGUUGGAUCGGGAUUGUGAUGCUGUUCCUCUGCUGCUUCAUCUCCACCUACACCGGCGACGUGCUGGGGACGGCGUGGUGCAUCAUCCAGGAACGCUAUGAGCAGUACCGGGGCCACAUCAGAUACCCCUACCCAGCCAUUGGGGAGAUCACGUACGGAAAACCAGGAAGGUACCUGGUAUCCUUCUCUAUCAACUUCACAAUGUACGGCGGGGCUGUGGUCUACCUGAUCCUUGCUUCAGAGAACCUACAGUCACUACUGGCUGACCUCAAGGAAGACAUCUCCUUCUGCUUCUGGCUCCUGAUAGUGGCUGCAAUACUUCUUCCAUUAUCCUGGCUUGGCACCCCAAAGGAUUUCUGGCCUAUAGCAGUCGGGGCUGCCCUGGCGACAGGUACGGCAUGCAUCAUCCUCACCACCAACAUGGUCAUCGACAAGAAAAACCUCCCCGAAGUCGUUCACGACCAACCAGGCUUUGUAUCCUUCUUCACGGCGUUCGGCACCAUCUGCUUUGCGUUCGGGGGGCACCCAGCGUUCCCUACCUUCCAGACAGACAUGAAGGACCACAGACAGUUCGGCAAGGCGGUCUUUCUGGCUUACAUGAUUGUACUGGCCAUGUACAUCCCCGUCUCCGUGACGGGAUUUUACGUAUAUGGGAGAGAUACCCAGGCUAACAUCCUACAGACGGUGUCGUCGGGCCCUAUGUUGGUGACAGUGCAGAUUCUCGUCACCCUUCAUCUGUUUUGUGGAUUCAUCAUCAUCAUCAACCCUUUUAGUCAGGAAGUAGAGGAAAUAUUCAAAGUACCCCAUCACUUCGGCUGGAAGCGCUGUUUGCUGCGGACGGGAAUUGUUGUCCUGGUUCUAUUUGGGGCAGAGACGGUGCCCAAGUUUGGCGCCAUCCUGGCACUUGUUGGCGGGUCCACGAUCUCCAUCUUAGCCUUCAUCUGCCCUCCACUCUUCUACCUCAAACUCGCAAAGAUGGAGGGAGACUGGGAGAAAAUUGAAGUGCCCCUGCACAAGAGGGUUGCCCUGUAUGAGAUCGUGUUCGUGGGUCUGGUUGCUGGUGUGGCCUCUACGUACUCAGCCUUUGCUGGACUCCUAUCGCCGGGCGCCUUCACUGUACCGUGUUAUGUGAACUUAACGGCUGCCAGCGGAUCCUAGGGGUUGGACGGUUGGGUUGGUUCAGGUG